UUUUAUAAAAUAAUUUUAGAAGAACUUGAAGCCAUCUAUAAUUAUAUUAUUAAAAAUCUAAAAAAAAAAUUUAUUAUAUUUAAUACAGUCCUAUUUAUUUCUUUUAUUUUAAUAAUAAAGAAAUCUAGAGAAAAAUUAUAUUUAUAUAUUAAUUAUCAGAAGCUUAAUACUCUAAUCUAUAAGAAUCUUUAUUUUAUUUUUUUAAUUAAUAAGAUAAUAGACCGUCUCCAGAAUAUAAAAAUAUUUAUAAAAUUUAAUAUUUAUUAA